UGACAGUUCUCUGCCAGAGGUCACCAAGCCAGUUCCUGGCCAUUCCGCGUGAAUCUGACUUCGGGAUAUUACACUGUACUCAUCAUAUGUGCAAAAACGCUUAGCAUUUACCACUCUAGCUCAUUCCACCACCCGGCGAAAGCAACUCCACUGACUCUCUUUUCUCUACGCUCUUCGAUGCAUUCCAGUUUAUGAUCUUCCGACGUUGGAGUCAGUAGAAGAGAUCCCACAGUGCAAGCCGCAAGUCGUUUGUCAUGCCGGACGAAACACCUUCGACUCCUCCCACCGCAAGUGCCAGAUCCACCCCCCGUGGCGGCGCCGCGAGACCGAGACCUCGAGCAGGGAUCCAACGGAAGACCAAGGCCGAAAGAGAGCAGUUCGCGAAAGAGGAAGCCGAACGACAAAAGGCACGAGCAGCCGAGCAUGGGGUGGCAAAUCGCGGUGCGAGAGGAGCCAGGGCGACGAGCCGUGGAGGCAGAGGGAGUGCCGCAGCCGGUCAAAGAGAGGAACCAGUAGGAGGUGGGGGUGUUUUCGGGGCAGGGUCCGGUGCAAGGCUUUCCACAAAACCUAGAACAAGCUAUGAAGGCUAUACUGAGCUGCUGGAGAGUGGUCUGCGAGAUGGGCCCCACGAAGAUGCCUUUCAAGAUGGCCCAGCAUCAGGCAGGGGUACCAGAGCAGGCCAGACCGGGUCCGGCCGACCAGGGACUUCCGCUGGUGGGAAAGCCGACGUAUCCUGGACUGGAGAAGCCCUGGACGCAGCUAGGGAGGAGGACUCCGACGAUGACGACAUACGAGACAUCGAGGACAUCACGAUCUCGAGCGACGACGACGACGACGACGAAGACGAUAUCACAUCGAGUUCGAGAAAAGGGAAAGAAAAGGCCACCGGCAGCUCAGUGCACAUGCCUCACAGAGGGCGGGAUCUGCGACCAGUGCGUGCACCUCGGAUACGGGACGAAGAGGAAGGGCGGGGAGGAGCUGGCGCACGCUCGCGCAGCAAGAAAAGCCGUGGCGGUGAGGCUCAAAAGCCCGAUGCCGAGACUCAGGAGCUUGAAAGCAAAAGUGAACAGGAGGAAGAUACCGAGGAUGCGGACAGUGAAUCCCUCCAAUUUGUCAAGGAACAACCCUCCAGCCCCGAGAUGCGGAAACGGACGCUGAAAAGGCAACUCGGUGCUGGCAAAAUCGGGCGGGAUGCCAAGGGACCUGUGACUGAGACGGUGGAAGAACGUGCGGAACGAAUGAGAGCCAUGGAGGACGUGCAGAAGCUGAGAAAUCUAUUCAUCAGCCCACCGGCGACGGAUGUGAAGAUGACCGUCGACGAGGAGAAAGAGGACCUUUCGCGGAAGAAGGCCAAAUCCAGACUCAUGGAGAGCAGGUUGUUCCUCUUCCAGCUGCCACCACUCACGCCCUUCCUCGUCGAUUCGACCGCGACGCACGCCGACGGGGUCGGAGUCAAAGUCGAACCCACUACCAGCGACACCACCACCACCAUCGAUCUCGACGCGCCUGACGAACGCACCACGGGCGCCAACACCGCCAGCGAUCCCGAAAUCAAAGCCGACCCAGACAACCCCGCUAAAGUGGCGCAGAAACCGGCCCUGCAGAUGGAGGGCCUGCUCACGGCGUCUGAACCCAUGCGCCUGCCCGAGGGGAUCGUGGGGAAACUCCGCGUCCACAAAUCCGGCAAGGUCACCCUGGACUGGGGCGGGACUGACCUGGAGGUCCGCUACGGCACCGAAGUGGACUUCCUGCAGGAUGUGGUUCUCGUGGAGCCCGGGCGGAAGCGAGAAGACGCAGACCGGGAAGGGGAGGGGGAGGACGAGCGCGAGAACAGCGACGGCGAUGAGGCAGAGGAGGAGGAGAAGAAGGACAUCAAGGGCACAGCGUAUGCGUUGGGCCCGGUGAGGAGGAAAAUGGUCCUGAUCCCGGACUGGGUCAAGUUGUACGACUGACCGUUUUUCCUGGUCGAUUGAUCGAGUAGACGUUCGUUUGUUUUUAUUGUAAGAUGGAUCGAUCAAAUGACCCAGCCAUCCGCCCUGCUGAAAUGGGACGACAUGGGGCGUCGUAUGGGUGGCUUGACGAAUGGACCGACAACGUCCCAUGCCCGCUAUCCCAAGGAUUCUGGUUCUCAUACACCGGGGAAAAUAAAACAAGAAGACUAAUCCAGCUGAAUAGAAUUGGGUGGGCAUUUGUCAGGAUUAAAAGCAAGGGAUAGGAAAAGGAGGGUGAGCGGAACUGCCCAGGCAUCCACCUGUGCAUCUAUGUACCUUUACUCAGGACUCAAAGUAGGAACAUGGACACUUGAUUGACGCCCCUUGAAAUGCAGCAUAGCAUAGGAUGCCACAGUAUGCCAUGGCAUAGCAAAUGAC